UGUGCAUUAAGCGUGCAGAUGAUGGAUUCCCGUUAAGAACAAUCCCGUAUGUCCUAUAUUCACAUUGCCUUUCAGUUUAACGUGUUCCUCAUGUGAUCCGAUACACUGUUUUGGGUAGCUCUGCGCCCAACGAUUAUUCUUUUGGCUCUAGAUGAGAGCUGACCUUUGUUGUUCAAAAACAAACCAUGAAAAAUGUAUCAAAGCACCCGCUUCGGAGAGUUUCAGAGGAUACGGGAUACAGAAUACUGAGUUGCAAUGGUGCGAGCAGAAGAUCAAACUGCUUUGUCGGAAGCAGUCAGGGCAACGCGGCCGAGAGAGCUGGGUCACAUGGCCCCCGGCCUUUGAAAUCCCCUCGCCUAAGGACCCUCCUGAUUCACUGGGGGCCACACCGAUGGCGGCAUGACGGGAAACAGCAGCAGCGCCGCUCCGGCUGUCAACAGGACCGCCGUCCUGCCCGUGAGCGACGCCAUCCACGAGUUCAGAAUGUUCAACAUCACGGUGACGUCUUUGGCUCUGUGCCUGCUCACCUUCACCGGCAUAUUCUGCAGCAUCUCCUACCACAGACGUGUUCGGCAGCGGAGGCAGGCCAGGGAGUACGAGAGCGCGGUCGGCAGCCACGGGCCGCGGGGCGAGCCCGGUUCCCUGGGUGCGAGGAGACGGAGGGGGCUGAUCUCCCGGCUACGAAGGUCAGGCGUGUCCCAGCACGACGUGGGGAUCUACUUCAUAUACAGUAAUCCCAUCCCCAUGGAGGACGGGGACAGCGACCUCGCCACGGCGGAGGGAGCGCAAAGCGGGCUACAGGGGGCGCUGGCGCGCCCAGACCGCAUCAAGGACGGCAGUGAUGGGAUUAUCCUGGAUCCAUCUGUGUUUUACAUGCAGCUGUGAAAACCAGCUUGGGACACUGAUGUGAAAUUAUAAUCAUUACACUCAGUAAGAGACAGAGGCCCAGUGAAACUCCUGUGCUGAGGGAAAGGGUUUGAAUUUGGGGGGGGGGGUCCCUUAAUAAUGUUUCCUAAACCAAAUGUAAAAAUGCUAUAAAAUGCUUCUGGGUUAUAAACUAAGUUCAUGUUCCCUGUCAGACUAGCACUGACAAAACUGGAGGAUUAACAGUUUUAUUUUUUAAAAUAAACUGAUUAUAUAUUUCACACAGCCUAAGGGAGAAAACUGUAAUCAAUUAAAAGUCUUUCACAGAAAUUUCAAAA